CUUGACUACGCCGACAUUGUGGCUUUGUUUAUACAGCGUUGUGAUCCACAUAUAUAUACUCUGCAGGAGUGCAAUCUGAAACAUUUCUGACUGUUAUCAAUUCAGAUAUUUGAUCCAUUGCUGGAAUGCUGUUGUCUACAUUGUUAAGAUUUGUGCUGCUAUUGGCAAUCGCCAGUUCCAUUGUGGCCCAAAAAAAGAUUUUGAUAAAGUCGAAAAAGGUUCGUAAGCUUUAUGGGACGGGCGAUUGGGUGCCCCAUUUUGGUUAUAUUCCCAGCCACGCGGCCAGCCAGCAUUCCCAUAGGCGUCGUCAAAAAAACACAAUUCUCAAUGUCAAUGUAGAGACGGAUAAUUUUCAAGAAUUGAGUGUUUAUGUGGCGCGUAUUCUCAUUAAAGACAAAUUAUUUUGCAGCGGUCUUGUGGUGAGUAGCCAGACCGUGCUCACGGUCAAAAUGUGCAUGCACGAUAAACUGGCGACAGAUGUCGUUGUGAAAUUGAGCGAUGGCUCAUUACAUAAAGUGGCCAAUAGAACGGACACUCAAGAUUUCACAAUGUCCAAAACUGCGGACAUGCUGACGCUUUUAAGUCUGCAGGACGCGUUGGGAGCACAGUUUGUAAGAGAGCCACCUAUUUGCACGAACCCCGUGCCAUUAUCGGAGAAAGUGGAGCAGUGGAAUUGGGAUAAAAAUCUGGUCUCUCCGAAAAAGAUACUUGCCUCACUAAUACCGAGCGAUCGCUGCAAGGAAAUCAUCAACGAUCCCAACGGUAUGGUGGUCACCCCUGGGAUUGACUGUGUCGAAAACAAAAAAAUUACCAAAAAAUGUGAGAAAACCUUUGGACUGCCCUACGUAUCGAGGGGCAGUUUCUGUGGCAUGAACCUUUUAGGCCACAACUGCCCCAACGCUAGCUCGGCGGAUGUCUAUGUAAAUCUGCUAAAGAAGAAUAUCUAUAUAGGCGCGACGCUAUCGAAAGUCUUAGAGACUAAUCUGGAGGAUAACGUGUUUUAAAAUUGUUCUGAAAUUUGAUUUGAUUUCGAUUGAUACAUUUGGAUUAAAUAAAUAUGAAAUAUUGUUAA